CGUCCAAGCUACCCACCCCACCAGAUACACCAUGAAAGUGGAGUCGGUCCUGACCAAUGCUCCAGAAAGUGAAUGGACUUUUUGCGGGUUGAAUCUGGGAAGGAAUCGAACCAGGACAGCAAGCAACCUAGCAUCCCACAGUCGGAUAUUCAAUCGCAAAAUCUAGUCUUGACAUAGGUUCGCAACCAAACGACAGGCGAAGCUUUAAUCACCGUUUGCGACAUCUCUGAACUUGGCAUCGAAGCCGUCAAGACCGACGACUAGAACUGGGCUAUUAAUCUGUACCGUACCUGUCCGAGCACACGAGCAUCACCAGACCAAAGACUUCGUACGAUCGGGGCAGCGACUCGACUCGACGCGAAGCUCCAUUCCUACGAGGAAUAGGACAAACAGGGGGGAUUUCGCAAACACCCCUUUUUCUUCCAAACAAGCACGGGUCAUGUCGGAGAAAGGAAAGGCAGUCGCGUCGGCGGCAGGCGACGAUACGACAACGCCAUCGAACCCACGAGGAAUCCCAAAGGCGCCAUUUGUGGACAAUGUGGAGGAUUACGUGACGAGCCGGGCCGAGGUCGAGUCGACGCUGGUGCGGUUCCAGGAGAUGAUAUCAAAAUACCAAUUCAUGGAGCUUAAUCUACAGCGUCGUGUAGCAGGCCUCAAGGGAAAGUUACCGGACAUUGAAAAGACUCUGGAGACGGUUCAGUUCCUGAAGCUGAGCAAGGACGGGGGCGACCCGAUCGAGACUUCGUUCGAGCUCAACGAUACUUUAUACACCAAGGCUGAGAUCCCGCCUACAGACGAGGUGUUCCUAUGGCUCGGUGCAAACGUCAUGCUCUCGUACCCGAUUGACGAGGCGGAGGAGUUGCUGGAUUCGAAGCAAAAGGCCGCAAAGCAGAGUUUGCAAAACUGCGAAGAGGAUUUGGAAUUCCUAAGGGAACAGAUCACGACUAUGGAGGUCGCACUUGCUAGGGUAUAUAACUGGGAUGUGAUGCAAAAGAGAAAGGAAAAGGCAGAAGAGGACAAGCUGAAGGGCAAGGACAAGGAAAAGGAAACGUCAAAGCCCGACAAUGACUCUUGAAACCACAGUGGCAGCCCUGCGUACAAUCCAAAAUCAUGGAAGAAAACCGACGAGACAUUCGCCGAAGUGACGCCGCAGUUACCCAAGAGGAAUAGGCUGGCCACUCGGUCUGUCCGCGGGUGCUGGCCAAAGCCGGCCACCGUGGCGCGGCUCAGGCGAAUGAUUGACGAAUUGGUUUCACUGGUUUCGACUGCAUUUAGGCGCUCCAGCGUGGCCUUUUUUUUCAGGGUCAUUUUCGGACGAACAUAAAAAAAAAUACACUUUGCUGCAGCCGUUGACAUGGAAGCAAGAGGAAAUUCGCCAAAAAGCAAUUCGGGAUGGGGCCCCUUGCGCCAAGCAAUUGGCGUUUUUAUUAGAUGAUUUUUAAGUGUCAGAAUUAAAGAUCAAAAAGGUAGAAGCCAGCCGCAAGGCCUCGAGAUGU